AUGGCCGAUACUACUUUCCAAGAUACCAUUGCGGCCAUGGCCGAUGAGUUCAACGCCGCCAACGAAGCGGCAGAACGCCUUGCCGCCAGCUUCAAGGCUGCGGGUGAAGAAUAUCCCACCCCUGGGCGUUCAGACGCCUCUCAGCCCGCCGCUAGCCACCCGAAUGAAGAAGAAGCCGUGGUAGAUGCCGCCAAAGGCGCAAUUUGCGACGUGAAAGACCUUUACCAGUCACAGAAGUCGACUUGCUCAUGCUGCACGGAACGGGUGGAAGUAAAUCCGUUCAAAGAAAAGAAGACGGCUGAGAAAGCCGAAAACAAGUUUGCCGCAUUUGCGCUCGCGCAUCCAGACGACGACGACGGCGUUCAGGAGCUUGCUGAGCACCCGCUGAACGGGCGACAGAUCAAGAGUGCGAUCAAGACAGCGGCCGUGCUGGCAAACAGCCAAGGAAGCCCGGUUAUGCUCCGACAUUUGAGGGUUGUGCUGAACCUCUGGGCGAAGGCGGUCAAGUCGUUGAAGCGAGAUUCUACACCACCGAGCUUCAAGUUGGUUAAGCCAGGCGGAGACGAGGCUUGA